UUAUUUUAUGAAUCUUUUUAAAAAAAUGAGAUCUUUUAAGUCAAAUUUAAGACUUUUGUCUUACUUAAUUUACUAGAUUAGAUCUAAAUUUAGGUAUUUACUUUUACUGAUAAGUCUGUCUAGACAGUACUGAGACUCUCUUAAUUAGACUAGAUCUAUAUAAUUAUAAUACAGAUCUAUUACUAUUAUAUAUUUAUAAUCAAAGUACCACUUACACUAGUGUCACUAGACACUAAAGUGCAGUUGUAGUGUAGUUCUAGAUCUAGAUUUCUAGAACUAGAAUAGGGUCAAAGUACUUCACUGGACUUCAUAGUAGAUCUAAUCUACUUUUCUAGAAAUAUACUUAUAUAGAUCUAAAUCUAUACUAAAUUAACUAAAUAUUAGUUACAAUUAAAAUAAUAUAUUAUAGCCUACAAAUAAUACCUAAAAUAUAUAUAAAAGGAAGUAUACGGAACUGAAAUUAUCUAUCAAAAUUGUCUAUUAGAUAUAUUGAUCUAUUAUGGUUAUGUUUAUGAUUAAUUCAUUUAACUUCAAAUCAUACUGUCACAUUUUGUGAGUGUGACACUGAACUGACUCUGUCUCUAGACUCUACUAGAUCUAUCAAAAAAUGAGUGCUUCCAAAGUUAUGCUGAAACUGGACACUUUGUUUACAAAAUAUCUCCUGACAACCAAUGUUGUAACAUGUGGAGCUUUACUUGGUAUUGGAGAUGCUUUAGUUCAGGGAAUGAAUAUUGCCAUGACAAAAGACAAGAAGGAAAAAUUUGAUUAUGCUCGCACGGGGCGCAUGAUAGUGAUUGGAUUAAGUCUUGGACCCUUUAAUCACUAUUGGUAUGCUCUACUGGAUAAAGUCAUUAAAGGAAAUUCAGGGAAAGCAGUCCUACAUAAGAUUCUGAGUGAUCAAUUUAUAGCUGGACCUUUUUUCUGUUCCACAUUUCUCUGUGGUUUAAGUUUUUUGGAAGGUAAAGGCAUGGAAGGUGCUAUUCAAGAAUGGAAAGAUAAGUUUCUAGGAAUAUACUUUGUAGAUUGGAUGUUUUGGCCUGCUGCCCAGUUUGUCAACUUUAAAUUUGUACCUGGAAAGUUCCGUGUAGCGUAUGUGAGCACAGCAACAUUGAUAUGGAACUCUUUCUUAUCUUAUGCAAAACACAGACAUGUAUCUCCAACCGAAGAAGAUUUUCGAUAAAGAAAAGUCCAGCUAGUUGUGGUUAAUUGUUACACAAAACCAAGAUACAUUCUUUAGAUGGUGUUUAAAUAAAGUUGUAGCUUUAGUAAUUUAUUAUCACAUUUAUUUAUUAGAUGUGUGUUUAUACCCAUAGCUCUAUAGAAUUUUAGAUUGGAUGACAAAAGGGCACUAAAAUGAACUAAAAUAUUUGUUUCCAUCUAUUAUGAUGUACUGCUGUCUUUUUAUAAAUAGGUUUUAAUACAUCAUGAUUAAAAUCAUUGUGGUUAUAGUUUUCCACACAGCCUUCCCUUAAGUGGAUAUAUUUAAUUUUUGGUGUCUGAUUAGAAUAUUAGCAUGACCACUAUAAAUGUAUAACCAAGUUAGCUACAAGAAGAGCAAUUAGUGUAUUACGUUGGAGCUAAAAAUCAACUAUUUUCAUAAUAUUGUUUAUACUUUUUUUUACUGGAUAUUAUUUGAUUGUUCGGCUUUAAUGUAACCUAUUUUUAAAUUGUUAAUUUCUUAACUUUAUAUUUACUGAGUCAACAUCACAAAGUCUUGAUCUUUUUAUUUGAUCAUGUAAACAGUUUAAAAUUGUGGGAAAAAUAGUUCUUAGCAGUACCGCUUUGUAAAACUCAACACAAGGCUGAACUAAAAGACAGAAGGCUGAACUAACAAAAACACUUUGAGAUUUUUUAAAUUCAAUAUUAAUAUAUUGAUCUGGGCAUGGUGGUUGAGUAAUAAGAAUGCUGCUAAAUUUUGGGCCCAGAUUUUACAUUCUGUUAGAGACUUGAGAUUUGUAUCUAGAACUAGAUGGCUUCUCCUGAAUCCAAUUUACUUGAAUGGAUCCUUAACAUCUGAUUAGGAUGAUAAAAUGUUCAGUUCUGUGGUGGCAAACCAAAACAAAAGUUCAUAACUUGACUAGCCCUUAAAGUCUUUGGGUCUCACCCUCAGUGCAAGAUUUAUGUAAAAGCUACACAUGCCAUAGCUUAUUUGUCCCAAAUCUGCAUGACCAGAACAUCCUAUACUCUCCAUUCAUUAGUUUAGUGUGUCCUUUCAAAGGACAAAGCACUAUUUUUCCUAGAGUUUGCAUUACCAAGUAUCAGUGGUAAUUAUUACUGCCAGUACUGAUAUUACAGAUAAAGUUCAACAACAUAUGUAAUUUAAACAAUUUUUAAUUUUGUUAUGAAUAAUAGUGAAUUGAAGCUUAAGUUUUAUUACUUUAAGUACCGGUAUCUAUUUUUUUAAUAUGUAUUUCCAUUUAACCCUUUAGAUGUCUGGUACUGACAUAUAAUAUCUGGACUUAUAAAGGGCCCCAUAUCUCAAAGCUUAGGGCCUUAUCAACUUAACAAGUCUAAGUCCUGCUCCAACUCAAAGGAAAAGUGAACAAUACUUCCAUAACUUUCUUCUUCAUUUUGGGCUCUAUUUUUGUAUUGGCUCUUUGGAUUGAUGCUGUGUUCUUUUUGUCUUCCUCAUUGCCUUGUCCCAGCUUUGUCCCAGUCUGCAAUAUAACAGGAACUUUUGCUCAAACAUUAUGAAAGGUCAGAAGGUCAAUGAUGCAGAUUGUAAAUCUUCAUCUUUUGCUCAUCUAUAGUAAGUAAAUACACUAAUUUGAAACAGAUUUUUUAUUUAAUAACAGCCUUUUUUUUUUUUUUAAUAAAUCAUCUUUUUAAAUUUGUCUUUUGGUAUAAAGCUGCUACUUCCUGUAAAUUACUGUUGUAACAUAGUAAAUAAUUCCUUAAAUUCAGUUUUCAGCAUUUUUUUGAAAAUAAUCUUACAACAGAGACACUCAAUUUUACAUUUGACAUUCAUAGUAUAUUUAUGGAAUGUAUUCUGUCUAUGCUCAUUCACAAUAAACAUUAAUUCAAAUUUACAUAUUUUCAUUGUCAAAAAAGAAUUGAUUAGAUCUCAAAGAAAUCCUUAAUUAAUUCAAGAAUGACAUUUUUCGUUUUUGAAGCUGAUGCUGUGGACACACUAACUUAUUCAAUGUUUCAUCUCCUUACAUUUUAUGAUCUGAAAAAUUUACUUUUUGAAAUAAGCAGAAGGAUUGUAGGAUUCUUUUUUUUUUAUUUAAUUUGCAUUGUCCUUUGAAUUUUUUUUUUACAAUCUUCAGCAAUGAAACCCAUAAAUACUCUUUUGGAAGUGUUUAACAAUCAGCUAUUUCAUGAAUAUUCCAGCUAUGUAUAGUUUGUUAUAUAUUGGACACUUGUUUUACUAUCAGGGUAGAAAUUAUUAUAUUACCUAAUGAAGAAUUUGUUUAAACAAGGUUUAUAUUUAUAAGCAAUAAAUAUGUGUUAAUUAAAAGUGGAAUGUUUGUGCUGUCUUUAACUUUUUUUUUUAAAUGAAUAAGGACAAUUCAUUGAAUAAUGUGAAGGAAAAUAUUGGGGAGGAAAGCUUAUCCCCUUCGCCAACUGUAAAGCUACAGAGAAGGAUGAAUGGGAAGAGAAAUUUUGUAGUUAUAGUAUGUGUAUUGUAUGUAAGCAGAGAUAUGUUUUGUUUACACACAAAUAUAUUCAGCAUUGCUGUGAUGAUCUUCCAGUUAAUUCCUCUUGUUAUAUUUGGUUUUGUUGUUGUGUGUAGAAGAUUGGACAUUAUUUAUUUUGUACAUUGAUUACAACUAACACAAAAUUAAAUGAAAAAAAAAGAAUUAAUACACAAAUACUAGAUCUA